CCUCUUAUUGAUAGAAUAAAAGAGAGUAAAAUUUGAUAAUCUGCAACUCUCACGACAUUGCCAAUGGAGUCCAAUCUUGAAACAUUAAUCCCAAGAAGCAGCCUCCCGGUGCCCUAUGUUCAGGACCUGGCAAAGAAAUCGUUGGCUACAGUUCCAUCUAGGUAUGUAAGACCUGAUCAGGACCCUCCGUUUCGAUCCGAUUCUUCUUCGCCCGGUCAGGUUCCGAUCAUCGACAUGAACAAAUUGCUUUCAGAAGAAUCCGAGCUCGAUAAAUUUCAUAAUGCUUGCAAAGAUUGGGGGUUCUUUCAGUUGAUUAACCAUGGAGUUAGUGAGUCAUUGGUGGAGACAAUGAAAGCAGAAGCUACAAAUUUUUUUAAUCUUCCGACGGAUGAGAAAAAGAAAUUUGCAAGUAAAAAAGGAGAAGUUGAAGGGUAUGGUCAAUUAUGUGUUCUCUCCGAAGAACAAAAGCUUGAUUGGUGUGAUCUCUUAAGCCUCACCACUAUCCCCGUCCAUUUGCGAAAGGACUAUUUGUUACCAAAAUUCCCUCUUCCAUUAAGAAAUGCCCUUGAAGCUUACUCGAAAGAAAUGGAAAAUCUUGGCAUGAAAAUAAUAAAUGUAAUGGCAAAAUCUCUAAGUAUAAAACCUAGUGAUGAUAUGGUGAGACUAUUUGAACCAGAAGGGUGGCAGGCAAUGAGAUUGAAUUAUUAUCCUCCAUGUCCAGAACCUGAGCUUGUAAUGGGUCUUUCUCCUCAUUCAGAUGGCAGUGGAGUCACCAUUCUUCUGCAAGUCAAUGAAACCGACGGACUCCAGGUUAAGAAGGACGGAAAUUGGAUCCCGAUUCAAUCCGCCGAUAAUGCUUUUAUUAUCAACAUCGGAGACAUGCUUGAGGUUAUGUCGAAUGGAAUUUAUUCAAGUAUAGAGCAUAGAGCAGUAAUUGACUCAGUAAAAGAGAGAAUUUCGAUUGCAACAUUUUGUAGCCCAAGAUUGGAUUUUCAUAAUGCUUGCAAAGAUUGGGGGUUCUUUCAGUUGGUUAACCAUGGAGUUAGUGAGUCAUUGGUGGAGAAAAUGAAAGUAGAAGCUAAAAAUUUAUUUAAUCUUCCGAGUGAUGAGAAAAGAAAAUUUGCUAGCAUAAAAGGAGAAGUUGAAGGGUAUGGUCAAUUAUUUGUUGUCUCCGAAGAACAAAAACUUGAUUGGUGUGAUCUCUUAAGCCUCACCCUAAUCCCUAUCCAUUCGAGGAAGGACUAUUUGUUACCAAACUUCCCUCUUCCAUUAAGAAAUGCCCUUGAAGCUUACUCGAAAGAAAUGGAAAAUCUUAGCAAGAAAAUAUUUAAUUUAAUGACAAAAUCUCUAAAAAUAGAGCCUAGUGAUGAUCUGGUGAGACUAUUUGAACCAGAAGGAUGGCAAGUAAUGAGAUUGAGUUACUAUCCUCCAUGUCCACAGCCUGAACUUGUAAUGGGCCUUUCUCCUCAUUCAGAUGGCAGUGGAGUCACCAUCCUUCUGCAAGUCAAUGAAAUCGACGGACUUCAGGUUAAGAAGGACGGAAAUUGGGUUCUGAUUCAACCCGUCGCUAAUGCUUUUAUCAUUAAUAUCGGAGACAUGCUUGAGGUUAUAUCGAAUGGAAUUUAUCCAAGUAUAGAGCAUAGAGCAGUAGUUAACUCAGUGAAAGAGAGAAUUUCAAUUUCCACGUUUUGUAGCCCAAGAUUGGAUGCAGAGAUCGGUCCGAUGCCGAGUCUGAUUACUCCCCAAACUGCACCAUUGUUCAAAAGAUUCGCAUAUGCAGACUACUUGAAAACCUUCUUUUCUCGUGAACUCGAUCGAAAAUCUCGACUUCAUAAGCUAAGGGUUUCUCAAAAUUGAAGGCAGAGAGCAAAAUAUAUAAUUUAAACGAUGUCACUUAUACUAGUGCAGAUUUAUUUGGUUUCAUGUCAGCACUCAUUUCUAAUUGUUUUAUAGUUGCACUUGCUUCAAUUUUAUGGUUA